UUUUGUUCCCAUACCCGGGGCAAAAGCGUCAUUCCACGGGUUUUACUGAAAAAGUCAACAAAGUAACUUCCAAAGUUACUGCUCUCUCUUCAUCCCUGAGCAGCUCUCUCUCCGGCGGCACGCCCUCAUUCUCUCUCUUGCUUAUGCAUCUCCGACAAAGCGAUUUCCUCUCCGACAAAGUCGUUUCCUCUCUGACAACCACCGCGGUUACACGUUUUCUUCUCCUUCUCUGUUCAAAAACGAAAGUGUCCUUCAAUAUAUGGCUGGAGCUACACUUCGAAUACAAUACUUGCUUUAUCCAAAACGGAAGAGUGGUGUGAUACAAAACUCGUAUCGUGGUGUUUGGAUGAAAGCAUUUUGGUGGAUUGCCUGGUAUGUGCCAACCAUGGCUUAUGUGGAGGGAGAUCCGAUCCAUCUUUUUCUAUCUCCUCCUAUGGUUAUGGUACACCAAAUUGUCCUGCUUGUAUGUUCAGUUUUGUCCAAUAGGGACAUGACACAAUUUCAAGAGUCUGAGCUAUUUAUUCACCAAGAGAUUAAUAAUUUUGUGGGAAGGAGGAUUAUCGGAGGUAGAAGAAGGUCAUCUUACUCAUUUUCACUUUGUUUAUGCUUAUUUGAUUGUCUCAAGCUUCCAAAAAGAUAAAUAAGUUGUUGAUUCCUAUUUCGUCAUAGGAAAACUAACUAACAAAUUUUAAUGUCUCCAUCGAUUGGAUGGGUUGAGCAAGCUAAGGUGAUAUUUUAUGGUCACGAUACCAACGAGGAAGCUUGGUGCGGGCCUGCGGGGUACUUCAAGGUUUUUGUGGAUGUCGGGAUGUUUUGUUUAUGUUGGCUCGGGGUUGGGUGCCGUGGUACGGUAUAGCGAUAAUGAUGUGGUGGAGUGUGUUGUGGUUCGAGUGUGGAAAAGUGGGAGUCGAGUGUGGGAGACGGGAAUACCAUUUUUUGGGUUUUCAAGUUGGCAUUGGAAACAAGGAUGAAUAGUGUUUUGGUAGAGAGUGACUUUGUUGGUGAAUCAUGCUUCGAAGAACAAUCCCAAUAGGAAAUAGUGAUUUCUAUCUCAUUAUACAUGAUAUUUUAGAAUUGAGGUGCAACUUUGUUAAUGUUUCUUUCUCUAUUGUCAACCGUAGUAAUAACAACGUAGCUCAUGAGUUGACUCAAUUGCAAUGUUGGGAGUUCGGUCGUAGAAUUUGAGAGGAUGAUUUCCCGAGUCGACUUUUGAAUGUAGCUACUUAUAACUUAUUAAAUCAAUCUAUGUAUGAUGGUUUUAACUAUAAAAAAUGGAGUAUUUAUGCUAAUGUUCAA